AUAGAAAGUAUUGUAAUCUUCUCUCAGUCCAACGUGGUUCCUUUGUAGUACAUGGCACUGUGUCUUUAAAAACUGCUUGUGUAUGUGUGAUGCAGGGGGAAGUCACUCCCCCACUCUAGAAAGAAACGGAGAGUCUCUAAGCAGCCUGGGAAGAGUUCGCUUCUCCAAGUGUUUGCCCUGUACAUGCUGCAGCCAAAUAAGUUAGCACUGUGCUCACUUUACCUGCUGCACCACAGCCUCCAGUGAGAGGAGCCCUGGGAACCAAAGUGCCUGUCACUCACAGAGACAUACAAACCUGCACACUUAUUCCUCAUCUUCUACAUUCAUUUGGAUUUAUGAGGAACAAGAGAUGAAUUUGGAGCAGGACAGGUCCUUUGUAUGCAAUGCACCAGGCUGCUCGCAGCAUUUUCAGUCAGAGGAUCACCUUAUGAUUCACAGACACAAGCAUGAAAUGACCUUGAAGUUUGCUUCCAUAAAAAAUGACAAUAUGUUAUCAGACCAAACACCAACUCCAACUCGUUUCUUAAAAAACUGUGAGGAAGUGGGCCUCUUCAAUGACAUUGACUGUUCUUUGGAGCAUGAAUUUAGAAGUGCUCAAGAAGAUGAGAACAGCAAAAGAAGUAUUACUAUGCACAAUGCAGCAGGAGGAAUGACAGGCCCAGGGACUCACCAGCUCUCAAACCCACGGCUGCCAAACCAUGACACCAGCGUUGUAAUACAACAAGCCAUGCCUUCUCCACAGUCCAGUUCAGUCAUAACACAAGCACCUUCUACAAACCGUCAGAUUGGGCCUGUUCCAGGCUCUCUUUCCUCAUUACUACAUCUGCACAACAGACAAAGACAGCCCAUGCCUGCCUCAAUGCCCGGCACCCUCCCCAAUCCCACCAUGCCUGGAUCUUCAGCGGUACUAAUGCCAAUGGAAAGACAGAUGUCAAUGAGUUCCAAUAUCAUGGGGAUGCAGGGCCCAAACAUAAACAAUCCUUGUGCUUCACCUCAAGUCCCACCAAUGCACUCAGAAGCUAAAAUGAGAUUGAAGGCAGCUUUAAGCCAUCAUCCAGGAGCUAUAUCCAAUGGGAAUAUGAACUCUAUGGGUCACAUGAUAGACAUGAUGAAUUCCCGACAGGACCAGACUCCACAUCAUCAUAUGCACUCUCACCCGCAUCAGCACCAAAGCCUGCCCCAGCAUCAUCCGUACCCUCACCAACAGCACCAGCAUCCGCCACACCAUCCUCACUCUCAACCCCAUCACCAACAGGGACACCCUCAUCAUCACUCUCAUUCGCACCUUCAUGCGCAUCCGUCACACCAUCAGACGUCUCCACACCCUCCCCUGCACACAGGGGGACAAGCACAGCUCUCACCAGCAGCACAGCAAAUGCAGCCCACUCAGACAAUACAGCCCCAACAGCCCACGGGAGGCCGUCGCAGGCGGGUUGUGGAUGAGGAUCCAGACGAAAGGAGGCGAAAGUUUCUGGAAAGGAACCGAGCAGCUGCCACCCGGUGCAGACAGAAAAGGAAGGUCUGGGUGAUGUCACUGGAAAAGAAAGCAGAGGAACUGACCCAGACAAACAUGCAGCUUCAGAAUGAGGUUUCAAUGUUGAAAAACGAGGUAGCACAACUGAAACAAUUAUUGUUAACGCAUAAAGACUGUCCAAUAACUGCCAUGCAAAAAGAGUCACAAGGAUACCUGAGAUGAGUACUGCUACUCAAAAGCUGCCCAGUGCAUGGCCCUGAAAACAGCCCACCAGAAAGUCCUGUCCCAGCCUGCUCACAGCAACAAGUCAUUCAGCAUAACACAAUUACAACUUCCUCCUCUGUCAGCGAUGUCGUUGGAAGUUCCAACCUCAACCCGCUUGCCAAUCACAGAACAGACAUAAAUCCCAUUCUCUGAAAGGUUGGGCUUUAGAACUGCCUUCGGGGGUUUGGUAUAAUAUCAGAUCUUCCACUUUUAUGAACUUUUUACUCAUCUUUAUUUGAAACCUGGAAGUAUCUUCAGUCCUUGAAUGACCUUGGCCUUCCUUUUUUAUACUUACUAUUAAAAAAUGUGUCUUUUUUACUUAAAAAAAAGGAAUUUAUGCAAUUAAUAUGCUAGCAACUUUGGGAAAUGUUUUCAGCUUUCUCGAUUUUCUGGUACAAUUUUAAUUGUUUAUGAACUAAAGCAUUUAUGUACAUAGCUGUUUAUUUUUGUUUUUCUUACCAGUCUACAAAGUGGCCUGAAACAAAGAGUCUGCUUAUUUUGAAUUGAUACUUUAUUACCAUAGUAGCAUCUUAUAAUACUCAAACAUGUCUGGUUUGUAGUUUUGCAUCUCUCCUUGCCUAGGCUCGGCAUUAUUCUUCCGUUAGGGAUCUCUAGAGCUCAGUUUAUUAGAGAAAUCUUCCGUUCCCAAAGAAAUGAACAAAUUCUAGCUUUGAUCUUUGUUUCUGCUCUUCUUUUCUCUUCACAUCGAGGCUGCUGAUUGAAAAGUCAAUAUGGAUAAAAAAGUAUUAUGUAAGAAAUAUGCUUUUCAAUUUGUCAGUGCCCUGUUAAGGUCCCCAUGUUCACAAGUUCAGCUGAAGCAGAUCUGAGCGUGCACUGUUUUCUAUUUAGUUUAAUCCAGCAAACCAAAACAAUAUGCAGGCUGUUUUUAUAUAUAUAUUAUAUAUAUAUUUUAAGAAAGCAUUUACUUCUUAAAUUGUUUUGAUUCUUAUUUUUUUGCCUUUCUACUUCUAAUAUAGAAAUACAAAUACCCUUUAUAAAAAUCAUAUAUAUUAGUACACCACUUGUAAAACAAAAAAAAAAAGUGAAAAUGUCUCAAAUACCCCAGGUGCUAAUUUCCAUGUACUUUUUUUUCUCUCUGUGGAAAGGACAUAAAGUGAAAUUGUACGAACAUAUGCACUAAAGGUAUAAUGAUGCAUGUUGCAUUUGGUUAUAUUCAGAGUUCUUUUAAACUUUGCUUUUGUUGGAUUGGUCAAAAUGCAUUUUAGGAGCCUCUGUUGCCUGAUUUUUCUCAGUUUAGUAAUGUGACAACUUGACAUAUUUAUUUUCACGGCUCGAGUCUGUCUGUUUCUUAUGCUAAACAGACAAGCUAACGAUAUAAGUUUGCUGUUCUUUAGCAAUUACCAAAUGGUGGAAGUGGUACCGCUGCCUGAGCUUGCCAUCAACUGCAAUCCAAAAGGAGCAAAUCAAGUUUGUCAUGAAACACUGCUAAUAUAAACAUGCACAUUUUUGUACAGGUAUGGGAUCCGUUAUCCGGAAACCAUUAUCCAGAAAGUUCCAAACUCAUAGAUUCCAUUAUAA